CUCCGAAAGAGCAUAACAUACAUCAUCAUAAGCAAAAACUGGACCACUGUGCACAAGUUUCCUCGUGUACAAGAUGCCUUCCCAUGGCAAGACUUAUGUCUUGCUCGGCGUUCUCUUGACGGUCAGUCGAGUGAAGCUUUCUUACCAUGAAGAUUACAACUCUGUCGUGGUUGCUUCUGAAUCAACUAUUGACGCUGUGCCUAGCCAGAGCCCAAAACUGCAAUCCUGAUGGUUUUGUGAAGAGCAAGUUUGAGCAGAGCGCAGUCUUAAAGAACAGGUUAUACUUUUACGGCGGACUAGCUUUGUAUAACUGCACCGGUGGCGUGCCGACAUGGCUUCCAUACCAAGGCCUACGAUGUGUGAAUCUGUCUGACGAGAACAGGAUCCUCCACAUCCAAACUGUACCCGACGAUGUUCCCCAAGUUGCUAUGGGCGCUUUAUGGAGCGACAACACAGAUCGACUCUUCCUCUUCGGCGGUCAGUACUCCAACUCCUCCGCCAGUGCUCCAUCUGCGGUAGAAACGAUAUGGUCAUACACCGAGAGCACUGGAUCCUGGGAGAAAAUCUCCGUUCAAAAUCCUCCAGCCUUUCGUCUGGCCCGCGGCGCAAGUGUGAGCGUUCCAGAAACAAGAAAAGCAUACUGGAUGGGCGGUUGGGCAGACAACUCUACCACUUUUGGAAUGCAUGACCGAAUCUACCAACGCCAACUCAUCGAAUUCGACAUGCAAACCCACAACUUCUCCUAUUACGACGUUCCGGGCGGGUUCGGCGUCCAAAGAACCGGUGGCGGACUGGUCUAUCUUCCAUACGGGAAAAAGGGAGUGUUGAUUGCCAUGGGCGGAUCUAUGUGUACAAGCGAGGACUGUCACCCGGUUCCCAGUUAUCACCCACUCACCCAGGUGUCGGUCUACGAUCUGGCGUCUGAGAGGAUCUACUCGCAGGAAACCACUACGGGAAACGGAGAUCCAACGACAAAAGGGUGGGUGUGGCCUGAAGCACGUGCAGACUUUUGCAUGGUAACUGUCCCGUCGUAUGAUGAGACAGUCCAUGCUGUCUACGCGUGGGGAGGCAUGGUUGGCCCUGAUGGAAAUGGCAGUGACAACGUCUGGGUUUUGUUGAUACCACAAUUCGUCUGGGUGGAGGUCUACAACGGUCCGUACGGACGGUUCGGAGCAACCUGCCAGGUCACACACGAACGGUUUAUGAUGUUCAGCGGCGGCGAACGGCAAUUCGGGUCCAAUAUGGGUGUAUUGGACCUCACUACAGUAUCCAACGGAUGGUGGGAUGGGUGGGUGGAGGCAUGGCAGGACUUGACUGACGGCCAGAGAUAUCCUGCAGUGGAGCCCUGGUUCAGGUACAACCCGCGCUUUGCCGCCUAUCAUCUGGGGUCAAGUCUGAGAAGGGUUGCCGGUAAUCCAGCACGGCAGUUUGGAGACGAGUCACCAGCCGAUAUUCAGCGUCCAUUCUCCGGAUGGAGUCAUUCUGAGUUGAAGCUCAUCUUCAGCCCCUCGAACCAUACGCGGCCCAAUCCAUUUCGGACCAAAAACUAUCUCGCAGCAGCAAAGAUCACAUCGGCCAUACUUAUUGUGAUUCCCUUCUUUAUAUACAUGCCGCUGUACCUCUACUCCCUCCACCAGUUCAAAAGACAAGGUUACAUGCAGGUUGUCUCCGGGGCCACAUCGAUGACCUGGCGUCCUUUCUUCACUCGUAACCCGUACCUCCUUUUUCUCGCUCUUUCAUCCCUCUCUCUUCUCGUCGUCGUCGAACUCCUCUACCAACACUCCAUCAGUCCCGCCUUCGAACCCGGCCACCGCAUCAUGCACACAAAUGGAUCCGAACCUUCACCUCCAGGCUAUUACCCCACCAUCGCCUCCCGUCCUCGUCUCGGACUCUACACCUACUGGGACUCGGAAAGCACGGAUUUCAAAAACAUGCGCGGCACCUCCAGCCGCUUGAAACUGGAGGGGUACGUCGUCUGGAACUACCUCCCAACCAUCGUCGUUGUGCUUUAUGGCCUGCUCUGGCAGCAGUGCGAUGCGGAGGUUGAGCGUAUUGAACCUUACUAUCACUUGUUCAAUGACAACAUGAAGCAGACAGCUGACAGGACGUUGAAUGUGGAUUACCACACUUUCUGGGUUCCGUUAAGGUUGUGGCAGGCCGUGAAGUACAGGCAGUGGACUUGUCUUUUUUCUAGCACGGCGUAUAUCAUUGCGUUUGCCGUGAUUCCUAACCUUCAGAACUCCCUAUUUUCCCUGGAAAAGAGACAUGGUGGAACAUAUGGGGACUUGGUGGAUUUUGCAAACGAUGCGGAUGGUGUGGGAUAUGGUGUGAGGGUGGCAGUGAUGGAUGGAUCGUUUGCGAGGGCUCUCGAAGUUAUGUUUGGGGUGAAUAUGUUGUGUGCCGUUGCUCUGAUGGCCAUUUAUUGGCAAAGGGGAACAAGCACAGAGGGGUCCGGGUUGUAUGGCGACCCGAGGGGGAUGAAGUGGUUGAAGGAGUUGACCGAGGAAGGCGAGUUGAUGGGCGCUACGUCUUUUCCAGACGAUGCGCAGCCAAUGUGCCAGUUGCUAUCCCCAAGGGCACUUCAAGGCUUUGUCGAUGAUCCUGACGGACUGGAUGAGUGGGCACGAAAUCACUUGUGCUGGACGAAAUUUCAAGGGGGUGGACUGCGUUUGAAGUUUGAGUGCGCGCACGAGCCCGCUCAGACUCCGUCCAAGCCAUUCAAGCUUCUGUUGAAAUCGAUACGGGAUUUUCUGAACCAAAAGUGGGACAUACACGUUCAGCGAAAACCAUUCAUGUUGAACCUAAUUCCGCUCACAUGUCUCAUUUCGGCAGUCCUCCUGGUCUUCGCUGUAACGCUUUGGAUAUUGUGCAGACAUCUCAUGGCGAUCAAGAGCCAGGAUGAUACUAUUCCUUUAUCACCGGAACUGUAUCUAGUCAUCGGUGUGCUAGUUAAGUCUGUCUACGAAUGCGUUGACCGCGAUUUCCGUGCUGUGUGCCCUUUUCUUCCCCGAAAGCCUAUAUGCUCAUCGGCUGCUCCAGCCGCAGGGGCUUCAAGUGCAGGGGCAAGCUCAGCAAACGGUACACCCAGGUCUACAGACCGAAACAAGGAGGAAUAUAAUACAACACUUCCCCUCAUCAUCAUCUUCACCGCAUUCAAGUCCGGCCGCUACACGUUGGCAUGCCUAUCGAUUGGAACCGCUUCUAUGGAAAUAUGGGCUCUCUUUCUUGGGACGCUGCAAGUGAGCGCUAGUAGCUAUGGAAGCACGACGCGGCCGGGGGACCUUGCGGGGUUGUUAACAGUAAUGGUAAUGGAGGUGAUCACAAUUGCUGGAUUGGUUGGGGUUUUGUGGAAGGGGAUCAGUGUGGAAGGGAAGGGGGGACAAAGACCAAAUUUGAAGCCGGGGACGAUUUUGCAGAGGAUGGUUUUGAUGACAUGGCUUGAUGCGGAACCUAGAGGUAUGAAUGGAAAUGCAGGAGGGACUGGGCACCUGCAGGCAGGCGUUCCAUAGUACAUUGGUCAUUGACGACGUUGGAAGGUGCAUAUUGGUGACCUGGGCUAGGAUUGGGUAUUCAAGGUGGUUUCUUCUUGGGGUUUUUAAUUCAUAGACUACCUAAGUUCUUCUAAUCGACCAACUCCUCGCUCCAUUCAUGUUGGGCGCUUCAGACCCAUGAGCGCCACAGAUUGGUUGCAGCGUCUUAACGC